AGGUGCACGAGCCUCGCGAUAGUAUUUGCACAAGCGGUGCGUGACGCCUGUAUUGCAAAGGUUACACACAGACAGGCGAUUUCAAGACGCACUGCAGAGUAGCUUGAUGAGUGUCCAAAGUAACAGUGGAAGUUUGGAGGGGACGCCAUCUUGGUCCCAGCUCUCCACGUCCCCAACACCGGGCUCGGCUUCUCAGCACAAUAACACGGCACCUGUAAAAACCAAGGAAGGUGCUAUGGAUGAGCUGCACAGCCUUGAUCCCAGAAGACAAGAGUUAUUGGAAGCCAGGUUCACUGGUGGAGUGAGUGGCAGCACUGGAGGCAGCACAGGGAGCGGGAGUGUUGGAGCUAAGGCCUUAACAAACAACGAAUGUUCAAAUCACAGUUUUGGAAGUCUUGGUUCCUUAAGUGACAAGGAGUCGGAGUCAAUCUCCAGCCCAGAUUCUUUUUCACUUGCUCAAGUCCAACAUCAGAGACGACGUAAAAAUGCCAGCAAUGACCGUGGCUCGGCUGUGAAGAGAGGGAGCUCCCCAGCCUAUUCAACACCUGAAAAGAAGCCAUCUGAGUCCUCAAGGGGAAGAAAGAGGAAAGCAGAAAACCAGACGGAAAGCAACCAAGGAAAAUCUUCUGCACGUGGACCCAAAAUUAGUGAUUACUUUGAUUUCCAAGGAGGGAAUGGCUCUAGUCCAGUACGAGGCAUACCUCCAGUAAUCAGAUCUCCUCAAAAUUCCCAUUCACAUUCCACACCCUCUUCCAUGGUUAGACAAAAUAGCGUGUCACCUACUAGUUUGUCAUUUGGGGACCAUGUGGUUGUACACCCAAAGCAGUUAUCCUUUAAAUGUGUUCAGACUGACCUUACGAUACAGAAAUUAGCUGCUCUUGAAAGUAAUAAAAACCUAGACCUUGAGAAGAAGGAAGGACGAAUAGAUGAUUUGCUUAGGGCAAACUGUGAUCUCAGGAAACAAAUAGACGAACAACAGAAGUUACUUGAAAAGUAUAAGGAACGAUUAAACAAGUGCAUCACUAUGAGUAAGAAGCUGCUAAUUGAAAAGAGUACACAGGACAAACAGGCAUGCAGGGAGAAAAGCAUGCAGGACAGAUUGCGCCUGGGCCACUUCACUACAGUACGACAUGGGGCUUCUUUCACAGAACAGUGGACAGAUGGCUUUGCAUUUCAAAAUCUUGUAAAGCAGCAAGAAUGGAUAAAUCAACAGAGGGAAGAAAUUGAAAGGCAGAGAAAGCUGUUAGCUAAGCGAAAACCUCCAACAACAAAUAACUCUCAGAUGCCAACUGCAAAUUCUGAGCCAAAGCAACGGAAAACCAAGGCUGUGAAUGGUGCAGAAAAUGAUCCAUUUUUGAAGCCCAGUCUACCGCAGCUGCUAACUGUAGCGGAGUACCAUGAACAGGAAGAAAUCUUCAAACUCAGAUUAGGGCAUCUCAAAAAGGAAGAAGCAGAAAUCCAGGCAGAACUGGAACGUCUUGAGAGAGUACGAAAUCUUCACAUACGGGAGCUGAAAAGAAUAAACAAUGAAGAUAACUCUCAGUUUAAAGAUCACCCUACUUUGAAUGACCGGUAUCUAUUACUGCACCUCCUGGGAAGAGGGGGUUUCAGUGAAGUGUAUAAGGCCUUUGAUUUGUUUGAGCAACGAUAUGCUGCAGUGAAGAUCCACCAACUCAAUAAAAACUGGAGAGAAGAGAAGAAAGAGAACUAUCACAAACAUGCGUGCCGAGAAUAUAGGAUACACAAGGAACUGGAUCAUCCUCGAAUAGUGAAGUUAUAUGACUAUUUCUCACUGGACACAGACACGUUUUGUACAGUGUUAGAAUACUGUGAAGGCAACGACUUGGACUUCUACUUGAAACAGCAUAAAUUAAUGUCUGAAAAAGAAGCCAGGUCAAUAGUAAUGCAGAUUGUAAAUGCACUACGAUAUCUUAAUGAAAUCAAGCCACCUAUUAUUCACUAUGAUCUCAAACCAGGCAACAUUCUUCUGGUGGAUGGGACAGCCUGUGGUGAAAUAAAAAUCACAGACUUCGGUUUGUCCAAAAUUAUGGACGAUGACAACUAUGGGGUUGAUGGCAUGGAUUUGACGUCGCAAGGAGCAGGCACCUAUUGGUACUUGCCUCCUGAGUGCUUUGUAGUUGGCAAAGAACCACCCAAGAUUUCAAACAAAGUUGAUGUCUGGUCAGUAGGAGUAAUUUUUUUCCAAUGUCUAUAUGGAAGAAAGCCAUUUGGCCACAACCAGUCCCAGCAAGACAUCUUGCAGGAAAACACAAUAUUGAAAGCCACAGAAGUUCAGUUUCCUGUCAAGCCAGUUGUUAGUAAUGAAGCAAAGGCCUUUAUAAGGCGCUGUUUGGCGUAUCGAAAAGAGGACCGGUUUGAUGUGCAUCAGCUGGCUAGUGAUUCCUACCUCCUUCCUCACAUGAGGAGGUCCAAUUCUUCAGGAAAUCUGCAUAUGGGAGCACCUUCUAUGCCUCCCACUUCAAGUAUAAUUUCCUACUGAGGGUUCUUACUGUCGACCCAAUUCUGGUGUGAUGUUUCGAGCAGCUUCCUCCUGCAAGACUUGGUGUGGAAGAAUUGUGUGUGGAAGCAAGUGACAUGUUUGAGCAGAUCUGUUUGGGCCGGCCCUUGUGAAUUCAGAAAAAAAAAGAAUGGAUGUAUCGAAGAUGAGUUACAGGCACCUUCCUGACUAGCUUGUGCUGUAUUUGGGGGAAGGUAAUGUGUGCCUCCGUAAUGGAAGACUUUUUAAAGGUAACAGUGAUUUAGAACACUGUGGUAAUAGCCUAAGUGUGGCACUGGUGUCUGUUAAAGGUACAGACUCUUGAAACAAGAGCUGGUUGAUUCAGAGGUGUGUCAGUAAAGGCACAAACACUUGAAACAAAAGGGAGAAAUGCAAGCGUGCUGUUUUAAUGCAGAGGAAAUGGUGCCUGCUUGGGGGUGAAUGAUAAAACAGCAAAGUCACUUAUUUCAUGAACUGUUCUUAGUUUGACAGCAUAAUUCUAACUCAGUAAUAUGUUUACUAUGAAAAAACACCACAGUUGUUUUUCUAUGGCUUCUGUAAAACGUUUUGUUUUUUGUAAAUUUCUUUUCAGAGUUUGAAUAGCCAUGGGAAAUGCUGUAGAACUGUACUGUAAUGUGAGUGUGCAGUCUAAAAAUAGUAUUAUUUAUGCCCAGGCAGGGUCUUGUUUUGCAGAAUGCACAGAACGUAACCAAAUGUAGGCAAUGUAUAGUAUCCUAUACGGGAUUUUUUUUUUUUUUUUUAAUAUCUGUUGGCGUGAUUGUAUAAUACUGUACAGAUAUAAUUUCUGGUUAUUCUUAAACUUCAGCAGUUAAAUCCUGUAAAGUGUUUAAAACAACCUUUUUUUUUCUUACUGAAUAUUUUCAUUUCUAUUUCUUCAGAAGCAUUUAUUUGCUGCUAUUGAUGUCGCUUUUACCUUUACUAAGGUUGUAUGAUCUACUUGAGGUACAAGUUGUACAACAAAAAAGUUACAAGAAAAUCAAGGCAUGUUCUAACUUUUGUUGGAAAACAAAAACAAACAUUCAAAGCAAGAGCUCAUUAUGCUUUUGGCAGUUCGGAUGUCUGUUUUAUCUGGUCAGUCCUCAGACAGUUGCAGCAGUUCGUUGCUACCAAGUAGGAGGUCUUGCAUUAUUUAAUAUUAACCUGGUGUCAAAAUGCUUUGAAAACCUGACACUAAACAAGUUAAUUACAGACACUGUUUUCCAUUAACCUGCUUUGUUACCAUUACUGUGAAUUUUAAAACUGCCUUGUCCAGUACAAACUAUUCCUCGAAAUCCAGUAAAUACAUACAUGGUAUAUAUGUUCUGUACAUUUCUGUGGUCGGUGUCCUAUCCAUUAUACUGAAUGAAUGCUUUGUUUGUAAUUUCUGUAAAGGAGAACCUGGUACCACAGGUUUCACUUUAAUGUUUAAAAAGUAAGAUUUUGCUAACGGUUUUGAUGUUGCAAGCUUCCUUUUCACUGUAUAUACAAAAGAAUAACUGUCUCUGAAGGUGCUGCUGAAAUUGUAGAGAACGUAGCCAAAAGAGUAAUAAACAUUAAAAAUGAA